AUGAACAGCUCCUGGGCCGCCGCCGCGCCGCCGGGCUGGUGGGCCGCCGGCGGGGGCGCCGCGAUCACGACGGCGCUGCCGGUGCUGCUGUCCGGCGUGUGCGUGGCCAGCGCGUCGGGCAACGUGCUGCUGCUGGCCGUGCUGGCGCACGAGCUGCGCCGCGGGCGGCUGCCGGCCGCGCUGGCCCUGCUGCUGCCGCUGGGCGCGGCCGACCUGCUGCUGGCGCUCUACUGCCUGCCGGCCCGCGCCGCCGCCUACGCGCGCCGCUCGUGGCAGCUGGGCGCCUUCGCCUGCCGGACCAGCGAGUGGCUGCUGCAGGGCGGCCUGGCGGCCAAGAGCCUGGCCUGGGCGGCGGUGGGCCAGGCCCGCUACCGCCAUGUGGCCCGGCCGGGGCCGCCCCCGCGAGGCAGGGGCUGGCGGCGGCUGGCGGCCACCGGGGCGGCGGCCUGGGCGGCGGCGCUGCUGCUGGCGCUGCCCCACCUGCUCUUCGCCCGCCUGCAGGCGCGCUCGUGCGCCUUCGCGGCCCCGGCCGGCGCGCGCCGCUUCGUGGAGGUCUUCGGGCAGCUCUACCCGCUGCUGGCCGGCCUGGCGCCGUCGGGCUUCGGCGGCUGGUGCGCGUGGCGCGCCCUCCGCCUGCAGCGCCGCCAGAAGAGCCGCCGCGACGGGCCGGCCGGGACGCGCCUGCUGCUGGGCCUGGGCCUGCUCUUCCACGCCAUGUGGCUGCCGGAGUGGGUGCUGUGGCUCUGGGAGCGGCACGGAGCGCCGGCGCCGCCGUCGAGGGCGGGGAGCGGCCGGGCCACGCCGCCGCCGCCGGCCGCGCUGGGCUUCGCCGCCGAGCUGCUGCUCUUCCUCAACGGCGCGCUCAGCCCCGGGCUCCUGCUGGCCCUCUCGGAGGAGCUGCGCGACGGGCUGAGGAGCGUCUGCCGGGGGCGCUGCGCCAAGGAGCCCGACGGCGCCGGGCAGGACUGGCCCGCCGGGGAGACCCCCGACGCCCCCCGAGAGCUGCCGGCGGAGGACACGGCGGCGGCGGCCGAGAAGGUCCUCCCCGACGUGGAGCACUUCUGGAAGGACCGCAGGAACACCGUGGCGGGCGAGGAGAGCGACCCGGUGCCCUGGGAACACCAGGGGGGGCCCUGA